AAACCAUCAAAAGGGAAAGACAUGAUUGCUGUCAACAAGAGGUUCUCCCUUGUUUUGGUCCUGCUGGCCUUGUGGACCAUUCUGGCAGAGGCGAGGAUCAAAGCCUCUGUUUCAGUGUCCCCUCGUUCGAAGCGAAUGGUUGGAGGAACCUUGGCUCCUGUCAUCCCCUGGCAAGCCAUGAUCUACCUCUCUGACAGUGUCCUGGAUGGUGGGUAUGCAGGGGGAGCUCUAAUAUCUGACCGGUGGGUUUUGACAGCUGGAAGGAACCUCUUCAUUAGAAAGAGUCGACAGGAUAUUCAGGGGAAAGAUCCUUCCAUCCCAAAAGUAUACAUAGGAAUCUCACAGAGGAGAGAAGCUGAUGCCUCCACAGAAGCUGCUGUAGAAAAGGUUUAUCUUCACCCUGGCUUCCAGAACCAAUCUGACUGGGAUAAUGACCUAGCUCUCAUCAAACUUAAAGAGUCUGUGAUUAUGAGUGAUAAGGUCACGCCAAUCCCCCUCCCAGAGAGAGGCCAGGACCUGGACACUAUUAGGGGUGGGUCUGGGGUAAUCGCUGGCUGGGGCUGGGGGAUCCACCUCACCCCAUCAACGUCUCUCAAAUACCUCACUCUUCCUCUGGCCAAUCACUCUGACUGUAAAUCUGAAUAUGAACAGACUUCACACACACCCAUGGUGGAUGUCAAUAUGUUCUGCACUGGACCCACAGGCUAUGGGGAAAAUGUUUGUUUUGGGGAUGCGGGAGGAGCCCUCGCAGUCAGGGAUGUGCAAACAGGGGAUGUAUACGCUGCAGGGAUCCUUUCCUAUGACAAAUCCUGCAACCGGUACCACUACAGUGUCUACAUGAAGAUUUCUUCAUAUUUGCCUUGGAUCCACAGCAUCAUUAGGGGAGAUACAGAGAAAUCAUCUGCUCUGCGCUCUGAUGCAAUGUCUAAAAUGUACCCAUGACAGACAUAGAGCUUAAGGCUCUUAUGUUUUGAUAGAU